AUUUUUUCAAUACCUUCUCCCUGUUUUUGGAAUUCGAUUUCCAUUUUUAUUUUUUUGAUGCUAUUAAGUGGCGAUUUUCAAUAAGAAUUGAGAAUCUAGGUCUUUUUUGGGGAAUUAUAUUUUUUCUAGAAUUCGAUGAUUUGUGUUCGGUAUUGUUGUGGGCAAGUGAAAUUGAGUGAAGAAUGAGCCUAGAAGAACCUGAUUUGUGGGUGGACAUGGAAACUUGAUAUUGAUUUUAUGUAUAUAUAAUUUUUCGAUCAGAUCAAUGGAUGCGACUUUUUUCAAUUAGUUUAAGAUAGGGAUAGAACCGAAAGGGUUUGUUUGGGGAGUUUAUUUAUUGAUAAGCUUGAUGGGUGCACCCAAACAGAAAUGGACGGCAGAAGAAGAAGCAGCGCUAAAAGCUGGAGUGAUUAAGCAUGGAGCUGGAAAAUGGCGCACGAUACUUAAAGAUCCGGAAUUUAGUGGUGUCUUGUAUCUGCGUUCGAAUGUGGACCUUAAGGACAAAUGGAGAAACAUGAGUGUAAUGGUAAAUGGGUAUGGCUCGAGAGAGAAGCCUAAGUUAGCACCUAAAAGGGUGCACCAUGUCCAUAGACAGGAUGAGAACCUUAUGUCUGUUGGCACUGUUCAAAGCGAUGAAGAUAUUCCAGAUGCCAAGGCUCUUCCAGUUAGCAGUGCUGCAUUGCCGGUUGUUAAUCCGAAGAGAACUACUGUAAGGCUGGAUAAUCUUAUAAUGGAGGCAAUAACUAGCUUGAAGGAGCCUGGAGGUUCACAUAAGACCGCAAUUGCUUCAUACAUAGAGGAACAAUAUUGGCCACCAAAUGACUUUAAGAGGAUAUUAUCAGCUAAAUUGAAGUAUCUGGCAGCAAAUGGUAAACUGAUUAAGCUGCUUUCUCUUUUGCAGGUUAAACGGAAGUAUAGAAUUGCACCUACUUCAGCAUUUGCUGAGAGAAGGGUUUCUCCCUUAUUCUUUGAAGGAAGACAGAGGAUCUCUCCCAAAAUUGAAAGGGAUGAUUUCAAUAUACUUACAAUGUCUCAGAUUGAUUUGGAUCUGGGGAAGAUGAGGACUAUGACCGCAGAACAGGCUGCUGAGGUAGCGGCUCGAGCGGUUGCGGAGGCAGAAGCUGCUAUAGCAGUAGCUGAAGAGGCGGCAAGGGAGGCGGAGACAGCAGAAGCUGAUGCAGAGGCAGCACAAGCAUUUGCGGAAGCAGCUAUGAAGACACUGAAAGGAAGGACCGCCCCUAAGGUGACGGUUCGAGCUUGAUGGAAAAUCUCGAAAAGGUCACUAAGGAGUUUGAUUGAUGCUGAGACACACACAAGUUUGCUGACAUUGUUUUCUGUAAAUAUUGGAAGACCCAUUUGGAUGAUCUAUGCUGGAUCCUGGUGGUUUGUUAGAUUGCAUAGGCAGCUCAUUCUUGUAGACAGUUUUGGAUCAGAACAUGUCAAUUUCAUUUCCUCAAGUUUCUGCUUUGUUGUCAAUAUUUGUUACCCGUAGGGUGGUUGAAAAAUGCAAUAACAGGAUUAUUUACAAUGUUUAUUUCUGUAUCUUAGUCCUUUCCAUGCUUGUAUUAAAUUGAUCACUGAUGUGUUUAAAUAGUGCAGUAGCUUUGGGGCAUUGUGUUUUGAA